CUGGCUGCUCCUCCGUCCAGGCUUCCAUAAAAGGGCAGCGCCUUCCCUCUCCUUCGUCCCCCAGGCCUCCCUCGCCCUCCUCUUCCCCCCCCGUCACCCUCCGUCCCUCCCUCUGUCGCCAUCCCCUCAGGCGGCGCCCCCGGCGGGCGGAGAAGGCUUCGGGGGGGGCGGCGGCUCCCGUCCUGGCUACGUCCGCAGGGCGGGGAAGAGAAGCGAAGCAUCGGGCGAGAAAGGAGCAUAGAAAGGAGCAAUGACGGCUCUGGACGGUAUACGGAUGCCAGAUGGCUGCUAUGCUGAUGGAACGUGGGAGUUGAAUGUGCAUGUCACAGACUUGAGCAGAGAUGUAACACUGAGGGUCACAGGGGAAAUACAUAUUGGUGGCGUCAUGCUGAAACUCGUGGAAAAACUUGAUGUCAAGAAAGAUUGGUCCGACCAUGCCUUAUGGUGGGAAAAGAAGAAAACCUGGCUCCUUAAAACACACUGGACUUUAGAUAAGUAUGGAAUACAAGCUGAUGCAAAGUUACAAUUCACUCCUCAACACAAAUUGCUCCGACUCCAGCUUCCCAACAUGAAGUAUGUAAAAGUGAAAGUGAACUUUUCUGACAGAGUCUUUAAAGCAGUAUCUGACAUCUGCAAAACUUUCAACAUCAGGCAUCCAGAAGAACUCUCUCUUUUAAGAAAGUCCCGUGAUUCAAACAAAAAGAAAAAGAAAAAGCUGGAUGACCAGUAUGAGGACGAAACACUUGAGCUGGAAGGACCACUAAUCACACCUGGAUCAGGCUCUGAUGUUCUUUACAUUGGCCCAGUAAAAGGGAAUGUAUAUUCAAGUCCAGGGCUUUAUAGCAAAACUAUGACACCAACUUAUGAUUCUCAUGAUGGGAGUCCUUUAUCACCAACUUCAGCUUGGUUUGGAGACAGUGCUUUAUCAGAAGGAAAUCCAGGUAUACUUGCCGUCAGCCAGCCAAUCACCUCCCCAGAAAUCUUAGCCAAAAUGUAUAAGCCACAGUCACUUCUGGAUAAAGCCAAGAUCAACCAGGGAUGGCUAGAUUCUUCAAGAUCACUUAUGGAACAAGAGGUGAAAGAAAAUGAAGCUUUACUACUGCGGUUCAAAUAUUACAGCUUCUUUGAUUUGAAUCCUAAGUAUGAUGCAAUCAGAAUAAAUCAGCUAUAUGAACAAUCCAAAUGGGCUAUUCUUUUGGAAGAAAUCGAGUGCACAGAAGAGGAAAUGAUGAUGUUUGCAGCACUGCAGUACCACGUCAAUAAAUUGUCAAUCAUGUCAUCUGAAAAUCACUUGAAUAACAGUGACAAAGAAGUUGAUGAAGUUGACGCUGCCCUUUCUGAUUUGGAGAUUACUCUGGAAGGUGGGAAGACCUCCACAAUUCUGGGUGACAUCACUUCCAUCCCGGAGCUGGCAGACUACAUUAAAGUGUUCAAGCCAAAGAAGCUAACACUGAAGGGUUAUAAGCAGUAUUGGUGUACCUUCAAAGACACAUCUAUCUCCUGUUUCAAAAGUAAAGAAGAAUCUAACGGGACCCCAGCUCAUCAGAUGAAUUUGAGAGGGUGUGAGGUAACUCCUGACGUCAACAUAUCUGGUCAGAAAUUUAACAUAAAGCUUCUGAUUCCUGUUGCUGAAGGCAUGAAUGAAAUUUGGCUCCGUUGUGAUAAUGAAAAACAAUAUGCACAUUGGAUGGCAGCAUGCCGGCUAGCCUCCAAGGGUAAAACCAUGGCAGACAGUUCAUAUAAUUUGGAAGUCCAGAACAUCUUGUCUUUUCUGAAAAUGCAGCAUCUGAACCCAGAUCCACAGAUAAUUACUGAGCAGAUCACAACAGACAUUAAUCCAGAAUGCUUGGUUUCUCCAAGAUACCUGAAGAAGUAUAAGAACAAGCAGCCAGGCUAUAUAAGAGACUUGAUCACUGCCCGGAUCCUAGAGGCCCAUCAGAAUGUCGCUCAGAUGAGCCUCAUUGAAGCCAAAAUGAGGUUUAUUCAAGCUUGGCAGUCCUUACCAGAGUUCGGCAUUACACACUUUAUUGCAAGGUUCCAGGGUGGUAAGAAGGAAGAACUUAUUGGAAUUGCCUACAACCGGCUGAUACGGAUGGAUGCUAGCACCAGUGAUGCCAUCAAGACAUGGCGGUUCAGCAAUAUGAAACAGUGGAAUGUGAAUUGGGAAAUAAAAAUGGUGACUGUAGAAUUUGCAGAUGACGUCCGAGUUUCUUUCAUCUGCACCGAAGUGGAUUGCAAAGUGGUGCAUGAGUUUAUUGGUGGCUACAUUUUCCUGUCGACACGUGCAAAAGAUCAGAAUGAAAGCUUAGAUGAAGAGAUGUUCUACAAGCUUACCAGCGGCUGGGUCUGAGUUGGAUGAGACUGCCUGUUCUACUGACAUAAACUAAAUGGUGAUAUUAAUAUUUAACUCAAAAGCUGUUCUUGGAAAUAUGCUGCUUAAUCAAAUUAAGCUUGAAGUGUAUCUUUUUUUUUAAUAUGGAAACUUGCAUUAGCAGAUACA